AUGAACAAAAGCUUAGUAGUUAUUCCUUCACCGGCAUUCAACGUAGCUACCUACACAGAAUUUCGUUUGCAGGGAGAGCCUUACAAAGUUUUCUACGGGGAUGGGAAAAAUAUCAUUGGGAUACGUCGUGACUUAUUUGUAUCUGCUGACACAAACGAAAACAUUUCAAAAGAGUAUCACAAUUUGGCUAACUUCACAAAAAUAGAAGAAGGCGGCAGAUAA